ACUAAGUUGUAUGUGCAGGUGGAAGUUUCGUUUCGGUGGAAUAGUCUUAAAAAGUACAGAAGCAUCGCCGACCGGGAGUGAAAAUGGAGCCAAUCUAUGGAACUAAUAAGAAAUAUCUGCAAAGUAUCGCUGGGAGCGAGUACUACCGGAAUCCGAGCACGUUGCGACCGAUGGCCAAUGAAUAUGCCUCGUACCAGAAUACGCUUGGACGCCGAUCGACACUGGUUGGACCCUACACCCACAUGAGCAAAUACUCCUAUCCAACAGAUGUGAGCCUCAGCAGCCACUAUGGUUACACAUCCUGGGGCCUUUGGCGUGAUAGUAGAAACCUGUCUUCAUCGUUGUACGCGAAGAAGCAGAAAAAUAUCAAAUCCUUCUCGAUCCUGCUAAUGUCGGCAGCGUUCAUUGUGGUACUGGCGGUACUCUGUGUGGCGGGUUUAGCAUUCUACUUCAGCACCUUCAAGGCAGAUCUCAGUGAGACAAUUCUGGCUUUCGAUUGUACGUUUCGAGUUGCUCGAGGAGAUAUCUACACGACCGGUUUACGAACGAACAGCACACCGCUGUACCGCCAGAAGACGGCGUUCUAUGAAAAGCUGAUCGAAACAUCGCUGGAACGUAGCGGUCUCACCGUUUCCCGCACGGAAAUCAUGAACUUUGGUGAUGGACCUACAAUAGCGCUCAGCUUUAGAGUGUUUCUGGAUAUGCGGAAGAUAAAGAUCACUAUCAAUAAUGUGGAGGAGCAUAUCAGGACAGCCUUUCUAAGUGAGGUUCUCAACCCCAACUCGGCAUUCAAGAACAUACGCAUCGAUCCGGACAGUAUCGAGAUUAAGCGGCUACUCGACCAGGAGGUCCUGAAGACGGCACUUCUAACCCGGAAUGAGCCAUUUCCGUCAGUGGUCAAACCGCCCGGUGGUGGUGGUGGUGGCGGUUCGGAUCAGGAACAACGUCACGUCACGAAGAAGACCGGAGUAAUCGAAAAAACUAUCCACAAGUUUACACCGCGCGUCACACCGGUCCCACCGGCCGGGGCUAGAGUGCCUGUCGACGGGAGUAAAGGCAUCGUCGAGGCAGAAUCUGACAUUGACAUGGAUAAUUUACCGGUUAUACAAGGAUCAUUUGAGAUAACGAAAACAGAUGCCGACAUCACGCAGAAACGAACGGGAGGCGGCGGCAGUACGGAUCCGGCCGGAAGAGUGCCGACCGUAGCGUCGACGCUCAAACCGUUUGCAGUGAGUCCGGCCCAGAUAACGGUGCGGGGCAGUGAGAAAUCGAGAGUGACGGAAAGCAUUAAGGCGACGGUGGCGGGGACUGAUGAAAAACCAUCAACCGGUGGACAGGGUCCGGCCGGACGGUUUGGUCAGAACGCUGGCGGAAAGUCAAAAUAUGAAACGGCCACAGCCAAGAUUGAAAAAAUGGAUAAGCACGGUGCUACGACGAAGAAAAUUAAAACAACUUCACUCAAAUCAACGUCUAGCACGGGUGGAAGCGGUGCGGGACGACGGUCGACGACUGCGAACGGAAUGGUCGGCCGUACCACAACCACAACAAGGAUGCCCACCACAACGACAACAAGCACCACCACGACGACGAGGACGACUACGACAAUAGCACCGACUUUGGCCGUCCGUAGCACGUCUGCUGUGAGCAGCAAGACACCUACACAGGUCGCCAGCACAACGAGCCGGUUGACAACGCUUCGGUAUCAGGUAUUGGCAUCGCAGGGCUCGUCGUACGAGCCAUCAUCAAUGUCGGGGUCAGCAUCGAUUGGUGCGUGGGACGAGGAAGACGAAUCGGACGAGGAACUGCCGGAGGAGUCGUACGCCGAGGACCAUCUCCCGGUGGUGGUCGAUGUGAUUGGGCUGCCGUCCGAGACUGAUGGGGAUAUAAAAAAUGAUACACUUUUGGAGACCAUUUUUCAGGCCAUCAUUAACGACAGCAUCCCGGAGGAGUUUGCAUCGGAUCGGAGACGAAUUGGUGGAGGCCUGGAACCUGAUAGCAUACCGAAGCUGGACGUAAAUCUGUUCACCAGCGCGCCCAUACUCGAUAAGCAACCGUGGCAUCCAAUCAAUCCCAAUCAGCAACAGCAGGUAAAAGCCGACCAGCGAACGGGCCUACCGGCCCGGAAGAAAGUUUCGUUGGCUGAGGAAAUUCUCUACCGGAACCGUCCGUCGGACAUUGAGAGUGUGCUAGCGUACACGGAAAAUCCCAACGGACAAAUUUAUUACCAGAGCUACACCAACCCAAGCUUCGGCUCGUCCACGCUCGGUAUCGAGCCGCUUGGUGUGGCGGACGUGCGACCGUAUCCGUUGCCGGUGGACAAAAUUCACGAAGAGGUGAUACCGGAUUUCAAAUACCUGACACCGACCGCUCUGGAUGCGAGCGAACAGUUGCUUAACCUGACCCUAGACGAUCAGAAAUUCGAGCAUCUGGGGGAUGGCGUGAUUGCUAAAAAGCCGGAACAAUCCUCCACGCCAGACGGUGAGCAGUUAACGACGACGGAAAAGCUUGACACCGUCACUCUCCAGACACCUAUGAGUGGAUCAUCCGGUGAGAGUCAAUCGUCCGAUGAAACCUCAACCGAAGUCUAUAGCUACUACUCCGAACCGACGGAAGGAAUCGAUUCGGUUCUGUCAGACGGGGGCACGAACCCAACGCACGAUGACGAGCUUGUUGACGUAGCGAUGGACCUGGAGUCUCGCAACAGUCCUGAUGAUUCGGAGCAGGUAACUACCACCUCCGGUCCAGCAAUCACCAUCACAAUGGGAGUAUCUGAGCAGACAGAGGAUGGAAUGGAGCAGCCAUCGACAACGAUGCAAUCCACUACAUUUAGUUCGAGUGAAGAGAUUCAACGGGAAGCUGCAGAAGACUUGCUGAUGACUAGCACUACCACCGAAACGAUGUCAUCGAGUUCGGAAGAAAUGACUGCUAGUUCUGCAGAAGUAACUCUUGCACCGGUGCACACAGCCAGCUCCGUUCUAUCGAAGCGGCCGAGCUCGGCUUACGUGGAAGUGGAAACGUUGAAGUACACACCGUCGACCACCCUCGCUCCACCAACGACCAACACGCUGCCAGAGCUCUUUCCCAUCACGAAAUGGGAAUUUGUAAACGGAACUCGUCGCACUACAGCCGAAAAACCGCCCACCAAGAAGGUUUUCAACGAAACGCUCCAAGCGUUGGUGGUGGUAAAUGUGCAACCGGAUGGGACGACCGCCCUGCCCCGAGCACCGCUUGCAAACAUCGAGGACCUCAAGAGCAAUCGGCCCAACGCGACCAACCUGCAAAAUCUGUCCGACAUUUUCGAUACGCUCGCGUCCAAGCUAGGCAUUCAGCCGGAGGUAUCCAGCAAGAUGCCACCAUUUUCGUCACUGUCGAAGAUUAAGAACCAAUAUCGAAACACCGUUAACAGAACGAGCGGCACGGGUACGGCGAAACCCCGCACUACCACUACCGUGCGAUCGAAGCGCAAAAAACCCCGUCCAACUGUCACGAAAAUCCCAUCGACUUCGACCGUUGGGUACGAGCCAAGCACCGUCACGGCGCAGCGUGUGCGGGCGAGCAGCACGACGGAGCUGUACCCGGAAACGACGCCGAUGGCACGGGUCAUUCCGACCGUCAUUAACGAUGAAAUUGACGAUGUCGUCCCGGUCAUGCUGGAGACAUCGUCCGAACUGUCGUCCGAGCUGGCCGUCGUUGGACAGGCGGAAGUCGAAGUAAUCGAUCCGAACCGCUACGAGGAGAUGCUCAACUCGAUGUCGCAGGCCCACGGGAAGCUAUCGGCCACGACCACCCCUUCCCCGCUUCCCUCCACCCUCGUGACGUUGCUUCCGGUAAAGUCUAACUCGGGUAUCCGCAACUUCCGUCCGAAAACCAAGCGACCUCCACCCUACGGGGCAACCACCAGAGCGCCCGCGGCUCAUAAUCAUGGUGAUAAAAAUGAAAGCAGAAAAAUGAACGAGGCGGGCUUAAAAUUAAUGAAUGCAAAUAAAACCGACGACGAUGACAGGCCGGCGGCCGGCACCGCCCAGCAUCACCCGGGGUCGGUGGAGCGGGUGGUGGAACCGUUGGUGGCGCAACAGGGAAGUAAUAAAAAUAACACAAUGGUAGAAACGGUGGUGAGGGCCAGCAUGCGCUUCGAGUCGUAAAGCUAACCGCCAGCGCGCUCCGCAGGGUGGUGCUUCGUCACGGUUGGGCUUCCGGUGGGCACGGUCACGGGGGACCAGUUCCGGUAAGCGACCGAUCU